AUGAAUGACGGUACACUCGUCAUUCGUGGAGAGAAGGUUCCGUCGCGAAAUGUAGGCGGUGUUGGUUUCGUUGUGCACCCAUCUAUCGUCCAUCUCGUCGAUUCUCACGAGAUCCUGUCACCUCGUCUGGCCAUUCUUCGCCUCCGCCCUCUGCGCCAAAAAUCCAUCAGUAUCAUCAACUGCUAUUCACCAACAUCAGCAGCUGAUGAUUCCGAAUUGGACGCGUGUUAUGAGGAGCUGGAGGAAGUAGUCCACAACGAGAAGUCCUUUUACAAAUUCGUUGUCGGAGACUUCAACGCAAAACUAAGAAAGGCCACAGAAGAGGAAUACAGGAUUGGAAGAUUUGGACUAGGGGACCGGAAUGAAAAUGGCAAUCGUCUCGCCGGGCUGUUGUCCGCCGCUCGCCUCUUUCAUGGGAACUCUCUUUUCAUGAAAAAAGAUCAUCGUCGGUGGACAUGGGAAUCGCCCAAUGGCGCGACUCGUGCGGAGAUCGACCACAUACUCACCAACCGGAGGUGGUGUCUACUUGACGUCUCAGUAGUACCAUCCUUUUGUAGUGGUUCUGAUCACCGUCUCCUUCGUGCGAAAAUACGACUUAGCCACACGAUGGAAAAGAACAUCUGCUAUCGGCAACGAAGGAGAAAAGAAGUCGUCUACGACGAUUGCGUACUCGAGGACUCCCUGUCCCAAGGUGACUGGCACAUCGAGGAGGACCCAAACGUGGACUACGAGAUGCUGCUCAGAGGAUUACGAGCCUGUGCUGAACGUGCCUCGAAGUCGCGCACGACAAACUUGGAUCGAAUUUCGAAGACCACCAAGGAAUUGUUAGGAAGAAGAAGGGCUUUGAGGCUUGAUCCGAAUGCAUCGCACAUUGAGCGGUUAGUAGCAAACACUAGCUGCAGAAAAGCGUUGCAGGAGGAUCUUUCGAAGUACAGGCAGAAGAAGAUUCUAGAAGCAGCACAAAGAAGAACGAGUCUAAAGAAGUGCCGCAGGGACCUCCGCGAAUAUAAUAUUCCGCUAACAACCUUGCUGAGCGAAGACGGGACUCGCACGUCUUCUCGUCGUGAGAUGGAAAUCAUUACGGAGAGGUUCUACUCGAACCUUUUCCGUUCAUCAACUCCUGUGUCAAGCCCAAUCAUCCCCACUGGCGAUGCUCCACCACGGAUUCUCCCUUCGGAAGUACGAGUCGCUAUCAAGAGCAUGAAACCUGGCACAGCCCCCGGACCUGAUUUUAUAUCAGCAGACUUUCUUCGGGCUGGUGGCCAUCCGCUUCAUGUAAUCUUAGCAGCGCACAUGACAUCCUAUCUUCAGAAAGAAAGGAUCCCAGACCAGUGGAAGACCUCGCGAACCGUUCUUAUCCAUAAGAAAGGUGACCGAGAGGACCUUCGGAACUACCGUCCGAUAUGCUUGCUGAGCGUGUUAUACAAAGUAUUCACCAAGAUCAUCCUCACACGCAUAUCUAGGACGCUGGAUGAAGCCCAGCCUCAAGAACAAGCUGGAUUCCGCCAAGGGUUCAGUUGCUUGGACCACAUCCAGACCGUGUCGAGGGUCAUAGAGGUUUGCCGGGAAUGCAAUACUGUCAGCGCUGGUCGAUCAAGGUGUGGACGCGUCGUAUGUGAGGACAUUAGCCAAUUGCUACGAACGAUGCACGACUAG